AGGCAUGAGAGUCCUGCCGCUGCUCUGCUUGGCCGCGCUAGCCACCAGCAGCUCCGCGAAGCAGGAGAAAGACUGGUCAGGAGGAGCGGGCACAUCCACAUGCAGCAGACUCGGAACCCUGGGCAGCCAGCCAACUUCUCCUUCCCACUGAACCAGACGGCGGACUGGUUCCGGUGCCAGGCUGAAAACGACGUCAGCGUCCAGCACACUCCCUUCACACUGGUGCCCCCAGGAGAGCUGCCCCAGGGACCCACCUUCGUGCUGGCUGGCUGCCUUAUCUCCAUCAUAGCCAUCUUUUCUUGGAGACUGAGCUGGACCAAGCAGAUCAGUUUCAGGAGGAAGCAGCAAACAGAAAAAAAACAAGAACCAAUUAGAACCAACUAGGCUCAAGAUGGCGGAGGAUUUGACUUCCAAUAGAUCUAGAGCCUUAUUACACGCUCCAUACAUUAGCUAAAUGACACACCCACCAGCACCAGGACAGCUGGCGAUCACCAUGAUGACAAACCGAAAAGCUCCUACAAGGACUGAAAAGGAGAGUUGCAUCAGUUCCAGGUCGUGACCAGAAGACGCAGGCUGGGCAGAGUCCCCAGGAGAGCCCUGGUCCUUGUCCCCUACAGAAGGACCCACCAUUUGAAGAAAU